CCUCGUUUAUGCUUCAUCAGUAUGUAGUACCAGUCACAACAACAAUGGGUUUGCGUUCAAUCGGUGACCUAAAUGAAUAAAGCUUGAGUGCAAUGACCAUCAAACGAAUAUGUGAAUAAGCAGAAGUGAUGAGAAUAUUAUUCUCAUGUGACAAAUCUAAAGCAGUGCAAGGCCACAUCUGGGACAAAACAUUACGUAAACAUAACCAAGGGCAUACCACUGUUUCGCACGAGAGCAGCUAGUCCGGCUGAACACCAAACACAAUCUAAUAAACCCUUUGAUUGGAUGUGUGAGCUGUGCUCGAGAGUCACUACCAUUAAACAUGCGGCCGAUGGCAGUGAACACGACAGCGGCGACAUCAGUUUUGUUGAAACUAGUGUCCGGGGCGUUCCCCACAGCAGUAAAUUCCGUUAAGUUGCCCCACACGCUGCAGCCGCUGCUGUGUUUUUGUGAGUUGAAGACUAUCAGUCGGACCCGGUUACAUCCAGUGCGACAGUACUCGAUUCGGUAUUACUCGCGGUAUUCGGCCAGCAGAAUUAUGACGGGAUCGGAUACCUUUCGAUUCGCGGAUUACGACUGCGUCGGGUUUGAUCUCGACAACACACUGCUUCGUUAUCAGAUCGGUAACAUGAUAGAGCUAGAGUAUGACAUUAUGUCAAAGUUUCUGGUGGAAGAGCACGGAUAUUCGGGAAAGUAUUUGCUGCAACCGUUGGAUGUAGAUUUUCUGCAGAAAGGAUUGGUUAUAGACUUUCAGCGUGGAAACAUUCUCAAACUUGGACCAGAUGGGACGAUUCACCAGGCAACACAUGGAACUAAAAAGAUGGCUGAGGCGGAAAUAAUCGCCUAUUACGGGAGAGAAAAGCGUUGGUCGGUAACGACGGAUUACUGUGAGAAUUUGUUAGUAGCAUGGAAUGGUCCAUUAUCGGAGAAAAUUCGAACGGUGCUAGAUUAUUUCGACAUCUGUGCAACUUUGUUGUUUGGUAGAAUUAUUGAUACAUUGGACGAGGAUGCUCACGAGCGGAUAGGCCAAUAUAAUGUAUGGCCUGAUAUGUUGGAUGCUUUGGUUAACAUGUAUUCGAGGGAACACUUUGGACGAAAUGUUGGAGGCUAUUUUGAGGCGUUAAAAGAAAACCCUGAAAAAUAUCUGCAUAAAGCGUCCCCUCAAUUGGUGUCUUGGUUGCGGGAGCUAAAACAGACCAAAACGACCUAUCUCAUCACUGGUUCGCACAUAGAUUUUGCGAAUUUCACCGCAUCGUAUGCUCUUGGUCCGGAUUGGCCAGAACUUUUUGACGUCGUAGUGGGAUUUGCUAAAAAACCCGGUUUCUUUGUUGGUGCUAAGCCAUUCAUUGGGCUCGAUGGCACCACUGAAACUGAUCCGUUAACACCCUCGCAGCUAGAGCGCAACCACCUGUACUCUCAGGGGAACUGGCGUGAUCUUACGAUUCUUCUGCAGCGACUGUCGCACAAACAAAAUCCACGAUAUCUCUACAUAGGAGACAAUCUCGUACAGGAUGUGUACGCCCCUUCCAAAUUUACCAAAUCGGAUACGGUGGCAGUGGUGGAAGAAAUGGCUGCAGAGGGUGUUAACGAUCAUGCUCCUGCGCACCCAGACGCAAGUUAUCUACAAUCACGCUUCUGGGGCUCAUAUUUCGUGGCCAAUUCGAAUCCGCGACAGGAAGAACCAUCCCUUUGGGCCGACCUCAUCCAGCGGCACGCUCGAAUCUGUGUACCCAGCAUGGAUGUAGUGGCCCAGUACCCGGUGGAUCAUACUAUUACAGUUACGUCAGCCGCGUGGAAAGUUUAACCUGGGCAUCGCUCCUACUAGCGGUAGGGAUUUUGAUAAGUUUUAAAUCAAGUUCGGCCGGUAUUCCGCCCGAUCAAUUAAUCAUGUAGAUUAGGAAUAAGUUGAAAGUUCGUUUUCCCCACGACCUUCAUCUGACACGCUGUUUUUGUUGCUUCGUAUGGCUUGCUAUCGACUUCCGAAUCGUGCGAUUGUACGUACGCAUAGUUACACUAAAAAUAGUUAGGUAGUAUGGUUUGCAGGCAGACUGCGCUACUUUUUUAUGGGGUGGUAACGGUUUGCAAUUCCUAUAGCGUCUCACUCAAGUUUAAAAGGGUGUAGAAAACAAAAAGUUUUGGUUGAUCCAGACAAAACAUUCAAUCGCAACAUUACAACAAAACAAAAAAAUCAUUGUUUCAAAUUGAAAGAACGUUUGCGUUGGAUCACGAGUACAUCUACCGAAUGACGCCUGUGCUAUGAGUUAACAGGCAACAAACGGAGCUCACAAGAAUAUAGGUGAAGAUGGGGUGAAAUGCGUCCGUAUAUCAAUUGCAACCCGAGAUAUAAACAAAAAAACGCAAUUAGGAUGUUUAGCUCAAAUAAAUACGUUAUACCAUUAUAUCAGUGCAUUCCAGUUCUAUUUAGACCGUUGUUCGUUAUUCUGUCUCACUAUAUAUGAAAAAUCUACUAAAUCACUUUUUGCUUGAUUUUUAUCUGCGCUAUCGGGGAUAAAAUGUCCUCUUCUUUGAUCUUGUUGAUUUUUUGACCGAAAACAGAAAAAUAGUUCUGAAAACCUACUAAUCGCAUAACCUAAGGCGAUUGAAUGGCACGCUUUUGUGCUAUUCCGACAGAAAACAAAACUAUCUGCUUGUUCAACGAGCUUUCUGCCCCCGUUGUUGCCCUGCAUUUUGCCCCUUUGUUAUAAAUGUAUUAUGCCCUGUUGUUGUGCUGCAUUUUAGCCCCGCACAGGACCGUUUUGCACCGCCUAUUUUUUCAAAGUGUAAUUUUUAAUGUUUUUGAAUAGCAUAAUUGUGAUAACGGAGGAAAAUGUUGGCUAAACGAGAUUAUUCUCCUAAUUACUAAAGUUC